AUGUUGGCGCGAACCCUGUCCACGGUUCGCAGCCAUGCACUCAUGUAUGCAAGUUGUGCUGCUCUAUCAACAUCGAAACCUGUCGGAAAAAGAAUAAAAACUUUGGAGAUCUAUCGCUACAGCCCUGACAAACCGGGCGCUAAACCAGAAACGAGGACUUACGAUGAUUGUGGACUCAUGAUUUUGGACGCUCUUAUCAAAGUCAAAAACGAGCAUGAUAGCAGUCUCACAUUCAGAAGAAGUUGUCGUGAAGGAAUCUGCGGUUCAUGCGCGAUGAACAUUGGAGGUGAAAAUACGUUGGCAUGUAUCUGCAGGAUCGAUACCGAUACGAAGCAGAGUCACCAAAAUCUUCCCCCUUCCGCAUCACAGUAUAAGUCCAUUGCGCCGUGGAUUCAUAAGAAAACAGAUCUCACGUUGGGCCAAAAACAAAUGUUCCAAACCAUAAAAGAACGUGAAAAAAUAGAUGGCCUCUACGAAUGCAUAUUGUGUCUGUGUUGUUCUACGUCAUGCCCGUCGUAUUGGUGGAAUUCAGACAAAUAUCUGGGACCAGCUGUACUGAUGCAGGCUUAU